GGAAACCGGAGGUGGAGCGGCCGCUGGUAUAAUAAGUUGUAUUCAGUCCUCCGGUCUGUGAGUCUCAGCCCGCACCACUGCAGCGCCUUUACUCUCAUUCAGCAACCCGGAGAUACCUGUACUCGGAAUAAGACAUCGCAGCGAUGUGUGGGAUUUUCGCCUACCUGAACUACAGAGUGCCAAAGACUAGAAAGGACAUCUUUACGACGCUGGUGAAGGGACUUCAGAGGCUGGAAUACAGGGGUUAUGACUCUGCAGGUGUUGCAGUUGAUGGCUGUGGGAAAGUAGACACAAACAGCAUCUGUCUCUUCAAGAAGAAAGGAAAAGUAAAAGCACUCGACGAAGAGCUCUACAAGAAUGACUCAAUCGAUUUGGAACUAGAACUGGACACACAUUUUGGGAUUGCACACACUCGCUGGGCCACACACGGAGAGCCGAGUGCUGUCAACAGCCACCCUCAGCGCUCUGACAAGAACAACGAAUUUGUGGUGAUUCACAAUGGCAUUAUCACCAACUACAAAGAACUGAAGAAGUACCUGAUUUCCAAAGGCUACGAGUUCGAGUCGGAGACGGACACGGAGGUCAUCCCCAAGCUGAUCAAGUAUCUUUAUGACAACCGCGAGAGCAAUUACGUGUCCUUCUCCACCCUGGUGGAGCGCGUCAUCCAGCAGCUGGAAGGAGCUUUUGCUCUGGUCUUCAAAAGCAUUCACUUCCCAGGACAAGCCGUUGCCACCAGGAGAGGAAGCCCUCUGCUGAUUGGUGUGCGAAGCCAGUACAAGCUCUCCACUGAGCAAGUCCCCAUACAGUACAACAACAGUGACUCCAGGAUAGACGUUCAGAGUAAAAACUACAUUAACAGGGUGGACAGCAGCAACGCUUUGCACUCUGUAAACGACAGGAUGGCAGUGGAGUUCUAUUUCGCUUCUGAUGCAAGUGCCAUCAUUGAGCACACCAAUAAGGUGAUGUAUCUGGAGGAUGAUGACAUCGCAGCGGUGGCAGACGGGAAGCUGUCUGUGCACAGGAUGAGCCGCAGUGCCGGAGAGGACCCUGUCAGAGUCAUCCAGACCCUGCAGAUGGAGCUCCAGCAGAUCAUGAAAGGUAACUUCAAAGCCUUCAUGCAGAAGGAGAUCUUCGAGCAGCCUGAAUCUGUCUUCAACACCAUGAGGGGCCGCAUCUGCUUCGACACUAACACAGUUAUCCUUGGAGGUUUAAAGGACCACCUAAAGGAAAUCAAGAGAUGCCGCAGGCUCAUUAUAAUCGGCUGUGGAACCAGCUUUCAUGCAGGAGUUGCAACACGGCAGAUCCUGGAGGAGCUGACUGAACUGCCGGUCAUGGUGGAGCUGGCCAGCGACUUCCUGGACCGCACCACACCCGUCUACAGAGAUGACGUGUGCUUCUUCAUCAGCCAGUCAGGUGAGACAGCUGACACUCUGAUGGCUCUACGUUACUGUAAGGAUCGUGGGGCUCUCACUGUGGGGGUCACUAACACAGUGGGCAGCUCCAUCUCCCGAGAGACAGACUGUGGAGUCCACAUCAACGCUGGGCCUGAGAUUGGAGUGGCCAGCACUAAGGCCUACACCAGUCAGUUUGUGUCUCUGGUCAUGUUCGGUCUGAUGAUGAGUGAGGACAGACUCUCACUGCAGAAGAGGAGAGAGGAGAUUAUCAAUGGCCUCAGCAAACUGCCAGAGCUGAUCAAAGAAGUUCUGGCGCUGGACGACAAGAUCAAGUGCAUAGCAGAUGAGCUUUACCAGGAGAAGUCUCUGUUAGUCAUGGGACGUGGUUAUCACUACGCCACCUGCCUCGAGGGGGCACUGAAAGUUAAAGAAAUCACAUACAUGCACUCAGAGGGCAUCCUGGCUGGAGAGCUGAAGCACGGACCCCUGGCUCUGAUCGACUACCACAUGCCUGUCAUCAUGGUUAUCAUGAGAGACGCCUGCUACACUAAGUGCCACAACGCCUUGCAGCAGGUCACAGCCAGACAGGGCCGGCCCAUCAUCCUGUGCUGCCAGGACGACCCAGACAUCAGUAAGAUGGCGUACAAGACCAUUGAGCUGCCCCACACAGUCGACUGUCUGCAGGGCAUCCUCUGUGUCAUCCCCCUGCAGCUCAUGUCCUUCCACCUGGCAGUGCUCAGAGGAUAUGAUGUGGACUUCCCAAGAAACCUGGCCAAAUCUGUGACUGUGGAGUAACUCAACAUGAAAUCUCGGACCUAUUAGCCUAGAUGUGAAGAAUACCUGCCGUCAUAGUGCAAUCAUGAGUGUGUGUGUUUACAUGCAACUGUGUGUGUGGGUGUGCAAGUGUGCAUAUAUAUUUAUAAAUUCUGACCAAAACCCAUGUGACCGUUCUUCCUCCCACCUUAACCAAAAUGAGGGCAGUUCCAUGAAGUGCAUUUAUUUGUGUGCCUUUUACCCACCUGAAGUGUCUGACAUCUCACUGUGCAACUGCUAAUGAAGGAAACUCUAAACUGUGCCUUUAAACCUCAGCUGCCUGCGCUCCACUGAGCCAGAGAAGCACAGAGAGGUUGAAUGUUUACUUCUUUCAUACCAAUGUGCAAUACUUAAAAAAAAAAAAAUGGGAACCAAAGUUUUUAUAGGGUUUGCUCUUCAAAAUAAAGGUGCUAAAAAAUGGUUAUUUAAAUAAUGCCACAAAAUAACUACUUUUAGUUCCAUGCUUAGACCAUGCUUGUAAUUUGUUGACUGGUCUAAGGAACCAUUACUUGAUGAGAAUGUUCUUUGUACUUGUUGUGUAUACAUUACUUGUUCUGAGAAAGGUUCUUUAUAAAAGGUUCUCUGAUACAAACAUGCUUCUUUAUUGAACUAAAUGUGUUUUUUCUAGCACCUUUAUUUUUGGGAGUGUUGGGAAGGUGAAGGAGUGCUAUUUGAAAAAAAACUGAAUGUCUUUUGCCGUUUCUGUUGAGCUCUAUGGAGGUACUGAUUUAUUUAAGCCAAAUCCUAUUUUACUGUGAGCAAAACUUGGACUAAACUGAAGGGAGUUUCCCAUUGAAUACAGCACAAGAAAACACUGUAAAUACUCCCGGAGUCACCUCUUUUCAAUGUUCUGUAUCUUAUAACUAAACACUACAUUCAGAUGUUCCAAUUUUUAAAACUGUACAAAAACUUACUGGGCUUCACUGGAAAAUCUUAAAAAAGAAAGUGCUGUUAGAUAAUACCGUCAGAUUCAUUGCAUCAGUUUUUUUAAAGAGGCAUUCUAAAGUACACUCCAUUGUAUUAAUAAAUGUAUGUUGAAAUAUUUACAUGAUUUAUCUCAAUCUAUUUAUGUUGUAGAAAUUAGAUAACUUAUUUUAUACUGUCUGGGACCGAAUCUGUUUUAAUUGUUCCAGGUUGGUCCUAUGUAAUUGUCUCCUUUGUCUGUAUUCAUGUUGUCAGUGUCCUUUUUAAAAUAUUUUUUGUAUAUUUUUUAAAGUUUUAUGGGAUAAAGGUUAAAGGGUACAGGUUAUGUGGAAUAUGUACUAUCUAACUGUGAUCACUUGUAAUAAAAAUGAAUAAAGCAUGAUGUUUAAGA